AUGAGGACUCCCCUGCUGUGGCUGCCUCUGCUCCUGAUCACGUGGCCAGCCCAGGCGCUGCAGUGUCACGAGUGCUCUGCUACAAAGGAUUGUUUCCAGCCUGUGUCUUGCGUAGCCCAAACCCGCUACUGCCUGACCACAUGGAACAGACCCCCAGGCCAGGAAACCAUUGUCAUAAAAUCAUGUGCUUACACUUGCCCUGGCUUCCAGGAGAGUCUGUCUUAUUCCAGGGCCUCCUGCUGCAACACAGAUCUCUGCAACAGUGCAGUGAGCCACAGUGUCAGCUGGGGUGUGCUGGCCUUCAGCCUCUUGGCUGCCUACCUCAGCAGGUAG